AAGCAGCCGACGUUUGCAGACCUCCGCUGCAUCAUAGUUCGACAAGCACAGGCUGAUUUCCGCACCAUGUACCGUUACGCAACUCGUGUCGCUCGUCCCAUCUUGAGAAACGUUGCGGCCCGUUCCUACGCAACCGAUGCCACUCCGGCUGCCGGGAAGUUGCUGUUGAACUUUGCUCUCCCGCAUGAGUCAAUUCUUAAGAAUGUGGAAGCCACGCAAGUGAACUUGUCAUCCACAGAGGGCGAUAUGGGUAUUCUCGCUGACCACGUACCUACUGUGGCUCAAUUGAAGCCCGGUGUUAUCGAGAUUUUUUCUUCCUCGGAUAAGCCAAGAAAGGUCUUCGCAAGCGGUGGCUUUGCUAUCAUUAACCCAGACUCAACGCUCAAUAUCAAUGCCGUGGAGGCCUUCCCUGUUGAGGACAUAGAUUUUGAUGCUGCUCGUCGUGCCGCCGAUGAUGCUACCCGCCGCACAACUUCCGCGCCCACUGAACAAGAGAGGCUGGCAGCCAAAAUCGAACUCGAGGUAUACGAGGCGAUCUUGGCCACUGCGUCCAAAUAGAUUGCAUCUGAAUAUAACGACGGGAUUGUGAAUACCCACAAUGAUGCUUCACCGAUCUGAUGAAACAUCUUGCUUUUUCCCGAGAUGGGGGACCUGAUAUAUUGUGCAUUCAAUUGAGCAUUAUCUCAUUCUAUUUUUUUGUCAUGUGAUUUGGCUUUGCUCAUUGCCUGUGGUCAGUGUUAUGGCCUCAGGCUCAGACACAAAGCUAGAGCAAACCGCGGAGGAUAUGCGAGCGAGGAUUUCAAUGCUCGCUUUUCUCCUGGUAGUCCAUCGUGUGGAACGUUGCGGAAGGGUACCUCUGUAAUCCCGCUGCGUUGCACGUCCCACUUUCUUAAACUCGGAAGCGAGACAGAUACGGGCAACCUACACUCUGCUCAACGGACGCUGUUCCUUUGAAUGAUAUGAGCCGAGAACUCGUUGGCAUCAGGUUUCAUUAGGUCUGAUGGAUCUGUAGCUUUUUUUAAAUAUCUCCAAUAAGCAAUAACUGCUGGCUUGUAACCACAGACGUAGUCGCCUCUCCAACCACAGAAAUUACAUGAAUGCAAGUAAAAUACUUGGUAUCUGUGUUUGAUCGAAAC